CCAGCAACUAAACACAGGGCCCUCUUCUACCAAAUGACCCUGAAAUCACUCACCGAGCGCCCGGUGGCUCACGCUGCAGCAAAGCGACAUUGCGAACUCCUAGCACUGACGUGACGUCACUUCCCUUCACUCACACUCACACACACACACACACACACACACAGACACACACACGGACAAAAAAAAAAAGAGUUCUGUUUCCGGUCGCCAGUUUUGAACGCGAUCCCGCUGCGAUCCAUUGAUGGAUUCCUCGGCCGAUCUCAGCGACCCCGAUCACCUGCCCGCUGUCCCCUUCCUGGCCCGCGGGCCCCGGUGCGGCGAUGUGAUGGUGCUGAGCAGUGACAGCGAGGAGGAGCCGCCAGCCAGACCCCCCCGUCCGCGCACUGUGACAGCGGCUCCAUCGUUACAGGUUCGACAGAAGCGCCCCCUAGCGGGAGGAGCGGCCCCUGCAGCCCCGUCCAAGGGCAAGAAAAGUCCGGAUAAUUUAACUGUGCUCAUCGACCCAGGUAAGUACCCCCUGAUAACUGCACUGUGACUGCCCUCCGACAGCAUCACCCCCCUCUACAUAAAGGAUAACAGAGGAGUCACAGGUACUGCUUUCUAAACACUGGAUUUUAGGGAAUAGAAAUUGGAAUGGCAAAACUGAGGCUAAAAAUAGCAGAUUUGAGAAAAUUCUACAAAACUUCUAUAGACUCCGGCCGGCUAUUUUAGCCUAAAUUUUGCCAUUGGGAUUGAAAGCAGCACUGUCACAUUGUGGGGUCUUUUCGUGUUUUGCCAAAGCCCCUAACGGUGACUGUUCCGCUGAGCGUCUGGUGGCUGAGGGGUUCAAGGUAAUUUAAGUUUUAACUUAAGUUUUACUUCCUGCUGGUCCUAUUCAGUUCUUGGGGCUUUCAUCUACCAUGUCACGCAUGAGCAAGAUACAAUAUUGAGGUCAAUGGGCAAUCCUGCGAGACUGCGGGAUCCAAUGCGGGAUUAUUCAUUAAAGUCCGAAUGGGGCAAAGCCAUUCGGACUGUAAAAUCUGGCAAUUGUUCAUGGAAUUCAACAAUGCCUAGAAUUUGUAAUUCUCUGCAGGAUCCAAUGCGGGAUUAUGCAUUAAAGUCCGAAUGGGGAAAGCCAUUUCGACUGCAAAAUCUGGUAAUUGUUCAUGGAAUUCAAUGCCUAGAAUUUGUAAUUCAGGCUCCAAACGGGCCUGAAUUUUGUCCCGAUUUCAGCCUGACCGAAUGCUACAAAUCCAGGCCUGGACACUUCCACUCUUAUGUAUAUAUCUGUAUAGCAAUGUUUUAUUUUAAUGCUAAUUAUACUAUUUCCAGAACUCUGUAUCCUCAGGUCUAUUGCAUUGUGGGCAAGGAGGGCAAGUUCUCAGUGCUCUGCAAGCCCAAGAAAUCCCAUGUGUGAUAAAAACACAACCAGUGGCAAGAAGUAUAACCUGGACAAGAACACAACUUCACGAGAACGUAAGUUAAUAUGGUAAAUACCAGAUUCAAAUCUCAUCAUAUUAAAUAAUUGCUUUUUAUCUAUUUUCUGUGUUCACUUGUAUCCUUAUUUGUGGGUUUGUGACUGGCAGGACGAAGAUAUUUCUCAAGUGCAAGCUGAAAUGAUAAUCCUUAUACCUGCAGAAGAAUUUGUUGUAAUGCUACAGAACCAUAAGAAGGUAUGAGUGUAUACAGUGUUCCUUUUCACCAGCUAUAUCCAUUUGAUGCUAAAUGAGUGUCCCAGCAGCAAAUCUGCUGUUUGGGCUAGUAAGUAAGUAUUAGCUUGAGCAGAAAUGUGUGGCUCUAAUUGGCUGAGUGUGUCAAGUGACCAAUUUCAACCAAUCACAGCAACCAUUACUGGUAUGACUUGGUAGGCUGUAUGUACAUGUUCAAUCUCUACCUUAUCCAUACCUCUAGUAGAGGCUGGGUUGUGGGUGGGCAAGGGACAGAAUUUACUGCUUUAGAAUUUGGGGACUUUACUCGAACCAGGUUUACCUCUUUGGAUGAGUGCCAGGGCCACUUGAUAUGUUUUUCACAUGAAAAUGGUUUAACAUGGAAUAAGGAGACUAUAUCAGAGGAUGCCAGGCACAAUAAACAAUUCAGUGAGAUUAAAUGGUCAUAGUGCCUACAGUGGUGUUUUUCAGAAUUGUUAUAAAUAGUCAAGAAAUACAAUACAUUUUGGUAGAUGUCAAAAAAUGUGCUUUAAGGCAUAAUUUCCCCUCUAUAACUUCCCUUCUCUCUUCCUUGUAAUUCUCUAAAAUGCCUUCUUGGCACCAUCUUCAUUGACCUUGCAGGAACCACCAGGUAGCUGGACCAAUGAAACUCUGUACAAAGAUUUUACUCAUGCACUAAUGGACAAGACUUGUAAGAUGCCAACCCUUGUAAUCAUGGAGAUGGAAAAAUAUUUCAGGUGUGUGUAAGAGGUGGUCUGUGUUUUAUAAUGUUUGAGUGGGAAAAAACUCACUGUCUCGGAAUACUUUUGAUUGACAGGGGUCACAAGGCUCAGCCAAAGAAAAGGUCAAAUGAAGCUGAUAAAGGUUCAAAUGACUUGAAGUCCAGAAAACUUGCAAAAAAACGAAAAUUAGAGGUGCUUCCCCAUCUGACUAGAAUAGAAGUAGAAGAGGUAAGACAAUGGCAGCAUUAAUGGGGAAUCCAUCAUUCUCUGUUUUAGAGAGCAAUUUGUGUUUUCCUUGUAUUUAUUUAAACUACAGCAGUGAAAAUAAAUCAUUACAAUAUAUGAUGUCUGAAAAAAGAUAAAUGCCAUCUUCCCACUAAAAUGUACUUGGCUGCAUUUUUGUUUUGUUUUUCUUGUAAUGCUGCAAAUGUCAACAGUUUUGGCUGGAAUAACAGACAGACAAGACUUUGGACUGAACAUGACUGGCCAGCAAACAAAUUGUGUGUUCCAAAUGUUCUUAUGAUCUGGGUCACCUAAUUGUGCUUGUCCCCAGGAUUGAAAGUUCACAGGCUGUAUAUGCUGGAAAUGACUGUUAAUUAAAUUAAAUUGGAAUGUUCUAAAGGGUUACUUCAAGCUCCUUGACAAUUUCAGUGAUUUAAAGUGGUCAUGGUGCUUGGAGUCUGUAUGUGCAGUUUCAGUAUAAAAUACUGCACAUAGAGAUAUUAAAAGGAAACUAUAGUGCCAGGAAAACAAACUAAUUUUCUGGGCACAAUAGCUUCCCCCUUCCGUCACUUACAGGUCCGACUUCUCUACUUCCAAUCCAACAUCAGCCGGCGAGGGAGACCUAAUGCACAUGCCAUAGGAAAACAUAAUACAGUGCUUUCCUAUGGGGUUUUGGGUGAUACUGAAUGUCCCCAUGCAUAGCGUGAGGACGUCCAGUGUCAGUUAUGUGAACAAACGUUGCUUAAAAGCUUGGAAGUCCCUCUAGUGGCUGUCUUGUAGACAACCACUAGACGUGGAGUUAACCCACCAAGCUAAUUAUUUCAGUUUCUUAAAAACUGCAAUCAUUACCUGCUCUAGGUUAAGGCACCUGGAACUGUGCACCCAGACCACUACAAUGAGCUGAAGUGGUCUGGGUGUCUAUAGUGUCCCUUUAAGGUUACAUGCCAAAGGUGUAACUCCACCUCCAUCAGUGUAUUUCGCCUGCCUGCGACAAGAGAUCCUGUCUGGCUAAUGUAAAUUCGCAAAGGUGCCAGGGUACUCCUUGCAUCAUAACCACUACAGAGGGCUGAAGUGGUUAUGAUGCUUGUAGAAACCAUUUCAUUUUUGCGGCUAUAAUAUACUUAAUUGAUUUGUUCUUUAUUUUUAAUCUUUGUGUGUUUCAGGCAAUGAUAGAAUUCCAAUUAGAAACGGGCUUUCAUGUACGGUUCUUGGAAACCUGGAAGGAAUUUGCUGAUUUUUCCUGCAUGUUCAACAAAGCUGUCGCCGAGGCCCCAAUUAAGUAAUGUUGGGAGAUGUGGGGAUGGGUGUUAGAACUGAUUGCUGUAAUAAAUUACACAUGCCAGGUACUCUUAAAACACUAGUACAAGAAUAAAAAUGUAUGAACGAGUAUUGUAAUUAACAGUAAUAUGUUGCAGAAUGAGAAUUUAACCAUUUUCUACAUUCAUAUUGUCUUAACAUUUUCUAAGCUAUAAUCGUCAGGCAUGUUUUUGUUCCUCUGUAUUAUACUGCCUCAUAGAAUAUACUAACUCCUCCACUGCUUUGUCAUAAGUUCCAUUUUAAAUUACUUUCUUUUGGUCUCCUUAAAAUCCUGUUCAUUAUAGCUUGAAUAGAAUUUUACUGAAACCAAGAGAACAAGACAAGCACCUCUAAAUUAUUAUCCAAUAUGAUUAAAGGUAGCAAAAAUGUGUCAAUGCUGGGAGGACAGGUAGUGGACCCUUGUAAGGCAAGGAAGGUGCUAAUGCCUACCACUUUCUAGAUCACUUGUAAGAUGUCACUUAGAUAUGUCCAGCCAUGGAAUGCUUGGUACUCAUUUGUUACUAAAUCUCCUACAUCAUUAUUUUUCAUGUAAUACACAACUUUUAUCCUCAGGAUGCAACGCAACAACUCCAAGUUUUCCUUUUACCUCGAUGGAGAGUGGGCAGGAGGAGUAAGAGUUGAUCGCUGUGGGAAGGGUCUCCUAGGAGUAUGGAAGAGGCAAAUCCAACAGUUUAACAGAAUUAGUGUGGAAACUGCAAAUGCAGUUGUGGCAGCCUACCCAUCUCCUUAUCUCUUGUUUCAGGUUAGUCUUCAACCGGUAAAAUGAGUAUCGUUAUUACAGUUUUCACCUUUUGCCUCUGUCCUCACUAAUCAUAGCCAUGUACUUAACAAUUCUUCUAUUUGUGUUGUGAAUUAUCUGAGUGCCUUUUAUGUCCACUUAUUGUCAUAUACCUGUCUUACAGGCUUAUAACCAUUGUAACACAGAAGCAGAGCGCCAUUGUUUGUUAAGUGAUAUCCUUGUGCGUCGAGGUGAAGGUGUUACUUCCACGUCUCGACGGAUUGGCCAAGAAAUGUCUAAAAGAAUAUACCUUCAAUUCAUGUCACUGGACCCUGAACUGUUACUGGAUUUGUCGUGAAAAUGAGACACUGCGUGCAACACAAAGAGGUGGAAAAUAUAUGCCAAGAGACUGCAUGCAUUAAGCUGAAACAAGCAAAACCAUUUGAUUGUUUCCUAGAAUAUGUUUCUAGGACAGAGGAAUGUCCAUCAUUUGGAAACACACACAUUUGUUGUAACAUUAUAGUAACAUGUAGCAGUGGUUGUCGUGAAAUACAACCUCUGAAAUAUUAACUGCACAUUGCAAUCAGAUAAUGUCAAUGAGGAUGAACAUUACAUAUAAAUUCAAAUACUUUUUUUUUUUUUUUUUUAAAUUAAUUUUUUGAACCGACACCAUAAACACCUAAACAACUUCAGCUUAAUGACGCUGUUUUGGUGUAUAGAUCACGCCAUUACAGUUUUAUUGUUUAACUCUGUCAUUUAGGAGUUAAAUCACUGUGAUUUACACAGCCCACAUGAAAAUGGUUUACGUUUGAAUCAGAUCUUACUGCACAGUGUGUUACAUUAGAAGUUCUUUUUUUCUUCUCUGCAAAUUGCACACUCAUGAUUCUCUAACAGGCUAUUAACCGAGCAGGAGACAGAAAUUCUGAAUUAAACACACUAUGUUAUCGGGGAAGCUAAAAAUAAAUCGGACUCUUUCCCCCCCCAGUAUGUCUGUGUAAGGCUUAGUUAGUGGAGGUGUGACUAGGACUAUAUAAACAAAAGGAAAAGUAAUUUAAUUUGUAAAUGGCAAAUAAUUGAGCAGUGACACUGCAUGGGCAUGAUCUAUACACCAAAACUGCUUCAUUAAGCUAAAGUUUUGGUGCUUUCGGUGUCCCUUUAUUGGAGGAAAGUUUUCACUAAAUGCAGUAUUUUUGUGUAACUAAAGCUUAUUUUUAAUUAUUUUUUUACCAAACCUAAAAUGUGUUCUUACUCCAUGGCCAAUUAAGUGCACUAAAUAUUACUUCUAACUUAAUGUACUGUACAACAAAUAUUACUCCUUCCUCAAUGUUCUAUACAAACCCACAUGGCACUGUAGCACUUUUACUAAAAGAAUUGGGAUUAAUGAGCAUAAUUAAUAUUAUUAUUUUUUUUUUUUUUUGGGGAGAGGGUAUAGAAUUUUAUAACCAGUAUUUUUAUCAUAACAUGAAGCUACAAUGUGAAAUAAAUAUAUUGAAUGGAAAAGUACAGUUCCUUUUCUACUAGGUGAAAGCUGUUGGAUGUUGUGUUUCCUUAAUAACUAAAGUAUUUGAUUUGUAUAACGAAUGCAAAAUGCAUACGGUUUUAUAAAAAAAUAAAUAAACAUGUAGCAUGUGGAAUUAUUACUAAAGUGACAUUGUAUGAAAUCUUGAAAAAUGGCUUUAAACUAUUAAUACAUUUUUCAGUCUGUAUAUGAAAUUCAAAAGGCACAUUUCCCUAACCACACAUAUUUUCUUUUUGUAAUUUUAGAGGUCACCUGUUAGGUCAAACUCAAAGUCUAGCACGGGCCACAUAAACAAGGUUUAAGUUUAUGUGGACCGCAAAAAAACCUGAAACCUUAAAUUUUCAUAAAAACAUAGGUUUAUUUAGAAAAUUACAGUAUAAAAAAACAACAAAACAGCAUCCCCCUAUACUAAAUCCCAGCCCUUCCCCUCUACUAAAUCCCAGUCCUCCCCCUCUAGCCAACAAGCAGACUCCACUCACAUUGCCGCUGCCAGUAUGCGAGUCCGGCCUCUGGUAUACCCCAAAUGGCGCCGUCCGCACCCUGUGCCAAAUCUGAUCCUCCCGCUACCUCUUGAAACCCUGUGAAGGGGGAGCAAAUUGAUGUUACGUCGAAAUGUGACGUGGUGUUGCGUGCCUCCAUGUACUCCACUGUCCAGUCGCAGCCAAUGCAACACUGACCAACACACACACUGACAGACAGGGGUGUAUUUACCCUGAGGCAAACAAGGCAUUUGCCUUGGGUGGCACUUUCUGGGGGUCGUCAAAAAAAGCCGCCCCCAAUCGCCCUGGCAAAUGCCUUGCAAGCCUCUUGUCCUGGGGGGGCCCAAGAGCUGGCCCGGCGGCCACCUCAGGGCCCCCCAGGCUCGCAGUGGCGGAGCUUUGCGGGCCAGCGGCGAGGGAGCACUAAUCCUCCUGUUCAGCUCCUUCCCAUGCACUGCAGUGAUGCAGGAGCCGGAAUAUGACGUCAUUCCGGCUCCGGCAUCACUACGCGGCGCGCAAGGGAGCUGAACAGGAGGAUUAGUGCUCCCUCGCUGACUGCAGUGACCGGCCGGCCACCCAGCAGCCCCACUGGACCCCAGGGGAAGUGAUAAUCCACCCCAGCAUUCCCAAAAGUAAGGAAGCUGGGGGGAUUGAAUGUUAAAAAAAAAUGUGUUAGUGUGUGUGUGUGUUUGUUAGUAAAUGUGAGUGUCUGUUAGGGAGUGUUACUAUGUGUGUGUCUGUUAGGGAGUGUGUUACUGUUUGUGUGCCUGUUAGUAAGUGUGUAUGCUAGUGUGUAUGUAUGCAUGUCUGUUAGUGAGAGUGUAUGCGUGUCUGUUAGUGACUGUGUAUCUGCUAGUGACUGUCUCUGUUAGUGAGUGUUAAUAUGUGUGUCUGUUAGUGAGAGUAUAUGUGUGUCUGCUAGUCACUGUAUGUGUCUGUUAGUGAGUGUGUAUGUCAGCUAGUGUAUGUGUGUCUGUCAGUGAGUGUGUAUGUGUAUUUAGAAGGCAGCAUGGGUGCCUGAGUUUCAUGCCAAGGGCAGCACAAAACCAGGAUACACCACUGCACACACACUCACUGUUACACACACUCACUUACACACACAUACUUUUCUUUAUUGCUCCCUACCUUUUGGAGCCGAUGUGGGGCUUCACUACAGACAGCGCUCGCGAGGGAGCAGUGGGGAGCAGGAACGCUAGGAGGCUCUCCCUCCUCUUCUUUUAUCCCUGCUUGUCCUCUGCUGCAGGCUCCCCAUGCUUUUCUUUUGCUCCAGGACACACAUAGGAUAUUACAUAAGGCAAUCUGUGUGUAUCACUGUGCAGAGCUAUUUUAAGAACCAUAUUCUGCAGUGACAGAUGCAGCUCAUUGCACUGGGUACAAUGCUCUGCACAUUAACAAAUAACUCCUGACAUUAGGCAAGCUGUUUUAUUGUGCAAGGCAAUUGAAAGCAGUGUCCUAACCAGGGACUUAAAAAUAUAUUUUACCUUAUUAAUUGGCUGCUGCCCACGACGAUUUCAAAUUCUCUGCCUUAUGGUUAACAUCAGACUUGAUUCACAAGUAUGCAGAAUUUCCUGGUUUAUGGAUGCCAUGACAUUCCUAGCAUUGUGCAAGUGUGUCUGCUUUGAUUUUUGACCACCCCAGGCCUAAAACAUGGACUGCUGGUUUGGCUGGAGGACUGGGUUAUAGAACCCACAGCUAGGAUUAAUCUCAUAAAACUGUGGAUUUUAUUAAAGACCCGGAGGCUCCUAUUAUGCUGCUCUCUUUCUUUAAUACCCUCAGCAGCAAAGAAUACAUUAUGAAGAAAAUAAACAUUUGAACUAAGUAUAACAUCAUAGUGACAAUGUCCGCCUAGUAACAUAGCCAUCCAAUCAGUGUCGUCCUCCUCCUAUAGUAGGCGGAGCAUUGAUGACCAAUUCCUCUUUCUUUGCUGCUACCCUCAGAUAAGUACACCUCUCACAGUUCUCUCACUGUGAGAUCCUUUAAUGUUACUCUAUUCAACAUGCUAAUUGUAUUUAAUUAUAUUUAAUUGUUUUAAUUGUAUUUAAUUGUUUUCUUUAUAAUAACUCACAUUAAUGGGUACCUUUUACUGGUACUGGAGGCAUUGUACCUUUAAAUAAUCAUUUACCACUGUUGAAUAUUUCACUUGUUUCUGUUACAAAUCCAACCACUCUCAUGGCUUAACCCCAUUUUUUCUAACUGCCCUGAUAUUCAGGGGCUUGACAGGUCUAAGGUCCUGUUACUUUAAAUUCGCCGGCAUUUAGUCUGUCCGCGCAUGCGCGCCCUGUCAGACCGCCCCAACGGCCAUUUUCACUCCGGCGGUGGUCGCGGUCGGAUCUAUUUCUGACCGCGCAGCCAGCCACACUCCUACUCUCCCUCCUCGUGCGGCAGUGUAACUCCGUUCCUUCCACGCCGACAACGGCUUUUCAUUUCCUUUACUUUUACUUUCGGUUUCGCUCGUCGCGGCGGCCAUCUUUUUGGUUCCCGCCGACACGGCGGCCAUUUUCUUCCGCAUUUUUCCCGCCCUUUGUACUCUGGAACGCCCACUCCGUCCCUUGAUCGGAGUUGGUGUCCAGUAUUAGUGGCGGACGGUCCCCCUUUCUCCUGCUCCCCUCCAUUAUUUCAUAACUAGCUGUAAGUGUCUUUGCUGUUUUAAAUAUACUGCUUAGUGUACUUUAGUUAUUUCAGCUGGGUUACUUAACCCUGCUUACAACUUUUAGUAUUAAAUUAACCACACGUUACUUGCACUGUUGAUUACUGUCAAAAAAAAAAAAAAAAUAAUAAUAAUAAUAAAAAAAAAUCAAAAAAAAAAUAAAAAUCUGCUAUUUGAUUAUAAACUCCUGCCUGUCAGUUACAUUAUACUAUGCAAUCUGCUAAUGACUUGCCUGGUCCCUCAGGGACAACAACUGACCCCCACACUACAUUGGGUGUUCCCCCUAUAGUUUCUGGGGAUGACCUGGAUUUCCAAGCAUCAGAGGAUAUUCAGGCUAUCAUGGAUACUACUGUGUCCAAGUCUGUCUCUAAAGCCCUGGCAUCUGCCAUGGGCAUUAUGUCCUCAUCUAUUUCUAAAUCUUUUACCCAGGCACUAAGACAGGCCCAACGCAUGGUCCCUCCGACCGCUAUGCCAGUCGCGAUACCAGCCAUUUCCAACCCAGCACGCCCCGGCCGCAAAGCCUCGGCAAAAACCAAGCACUCCUCCAAAUUGACGAUGGACAGUAAAACACCUGUCACAGAUGGCGCGAAUGCUAACCCACCGCGCAAAAGAGCCUCUAGCCGAGCAAAAGCGGCUAGGCAUUGGAAGUGGGCUAAAGCCCAACCUGAUUCUACUGAGUCAGAGCUCAGUUCAGAUGAGGAGAGUGCCCCAGCCCUAGACUCAGAUCAGUCUCACGAUUUGUCCGACCUAGAUUCGGAAUAUGACAUGGAUGAGGUGUGUAAUCCCUCUACUAAGAUGACUACCGCAAGCUCAGAAUUGAUUAAACAGGGAACAGUUCUUGACCCGCAGGGCGAACCAUUGUUUGAGCCGGAUGACUUGCGCCACCCCCGCUCUGCGGAAUGGUCACCAGCUGAGCAUGUGGCGCAAUAUGUCGCCUCACGGGUCCGUAAGCCUCUGGACAAGGCAACACGUAGUAAACUGAGGGCUGAAUGCCCACGUCCCACUGUACCAGACGAUGUCUGUAAGACACCCCAAGUCGAUCCCAAGAUCAUUCAAUUUUUAAGCAAGACGGGUUGGAAACCUAGAAAAGGUCUGGACUUUUCACUUUAUAAUUGUCAAGACAAAGUCUUGGAUAUCCUAGGUCCAGCGACCAAAAUAUUUGAAGCCGUGGAGGAAUCCUUGGCACACGAUGACGCUUUAGAUCGCCUCACUAUUAGAGGUUGGAUUCAGAGGGUGAUAUGCCUCAUAGGCAAUGCCAAUUCCGCUCUGGCUACAGAGCGUCGUAAAGCUAUUCUAAUUAAAAUAGAACCCAAGCUCGUAAAUAUGGCAAUUACCGAGCCAGGAGCCCUAGCAAAAGGGUACCUUUUUGGAGAAUCUUUUGUAAAAGAUCUGGGAUCUUAUGUACAAACAUUUAUGGCCUUAGACAAGGCACAAUCAAAUCUAAAAAGGGUGUUUUGGUGGGGCCGGCAGAGCAAGGGGCCGUCUGUCCGGCAGAGUUUACAGAGGCUCACGCCCGAGCCGAGGCUCCUAUGUGGGGAGAACCCCCUUUAUUGAUCAAAGGUCCGCCCCGACCUUUUUUCCCCAACGAGGCAGACCAUGGGUGUCGAGAGGUACACGAGGCGCUCCUUCCGGAAGACGUCCUUACGGUAAGCUACCUUUCUCAAUUUUCUACACAUGUAGCGAUUGGGGGCAGACUCACACAUUUUUCCCACGUUUGGGCUCUCAUUACCUCAGAUGCCUGGAUACUCAGGGCUGUCCACGGGUACCUGAUAGACUUUAUAUCCCUUCCCACCCAGCGCUCACCUCCCAGGGAGAUUGUUUUUUCCCCUUUAGACACGACCCUCGUCUCCGAGGAGGUCCGGGACUUGGCUCUCAAGGGUGCUAUUCAAGAAAUCAAGAUGCAUACCCCGGGUUUUGUGAGCAACCUAUUUAUUGUCCCAAAAAAGGGGGGCGGAUCCCGCCCAGUUAUCAAUCUCAAACACCUCAAUACUUACGUAACCUACCAUCACUUCAAGAUGGAGGGCAUUCACUGCCUACGAGAUUUGCUCCAACCAGGCGACUGGAUGGUCAAACUCGAUCUCAAAGAUGCGUACCUCACGGUACCCAUUGCACGGGGGCACCAGGAUUUCCUGCAAUUCACGUGGCAAAGAAGGAAAUGGCGGUUCCGCUGCCUUCCCUUCGGUCUGUCUUCCGCACCGUGGUGUUUCACCAAGCUAAUGAAGCCCGUGGUUGCUCUUCUACGCAGUCGGGGGAUACGCCUAAUCAUUUAUUUAGACGACAUCCUGCUGCUAUCCCAGUCAGUCGCACUGCUACAAAUUCACCUCGGUUGGACCACAACCUUGCUGCAGAAUUUGGGAUUCAUCAUAAAUUGGGAAAAGUCCAUCCUAGCCCCCACUCAACAAAUAGAAUUCCUAGGUCUCUUGGUGGACUCUGUAAUGCAAACAUUGUACUUGCCACAAUCCAAAAUGAAAAAUAUAAAAAAGGAGAUAAGACGAGUUCUUACCUGUCCUCAUAUAUCUCUCAAACAUCUGGCCCGCGUGAUCGGGCUCUUAGCAGCCUCCAUACAGGCCAUUUUCCCGGGGCCCCUUCAUUACAGGGCCCUCCAACGCCUACAGGCAUCAUACCUGAAAGACGGCGCCUCAUACGAGGAUACUCUGACUCUAAACGCAGAAGCGAAAGCAGAACUCCGCUGGUGGCUCAUCCACAUGGAGGCCUGGAAUGGCAAAGCCAUUUUCGGCUCGGCCACAGACGUGAUCAUAGAGUCGGACGCGAGCUCUUAUGGCUGGGGUGCGCGCUGCGGAGAUAUUUCCACAGGCGGACGCUGGUCGGCGGCGGAGUCCACACUGCAUAUAAAUUGCCUGGAACUCCUUGCAGGGUCCUUUGCAAUUCGCAGCCUCUCCCCGACACUGUCCCAAUGCUCAAUCCUACUAAAGAUGGACAACGUAUCGGCUGUCCGUUAUAUCAACCACCUCGGUGGCACGAGAUCCAAAAUCCUAGCGAAUUUGGCGAGGGACUUUUGGCAGUUUUGUCUGCAACACAACAUGGCGGUCAGGGCAGAAUACUUACCGGGAUUGUCCAACACUACAGCAGAUUGGUACUCCCGCAACCUGCGGGAUUGCAGCGAUUGGCAUCUCGAUCCCCAAAUCUUCCAGCACAUUUGGGAUCUGUGGGGUCCCCUGGCAAUAGACUUAUUUGCCUCUCGCUUGAACACCCAACUUCCGACCUUCUUCAGUUGGAGGCCAGAUCCCAAGGCUUCGGCUACGAAUACUUUCUCCCAAGACUGGUCGACCGCCAGGAACUAUGCUUUCCCUCCUUUCGCCCUCAUUCCUCGGUGUCUUCUCCACCUACGGCGCCAAUUGGGCUGCUUGGUGAUAAUAACCCCCUUAUGGCCGUCACAGCCCUGGUUCCCUCCUCUUCUGGAGAUGGCCAUAGAUCGCCCGCGGCUCCUCCCGGAUACCCAAUCUCUACUACGAGACCCCGAUGCGAACCCCCACCCCAUGAUCCGUCAGGGACUCCUCCGCCUCAUGGCGUGGCUGAUUUCCGGGGACCCUGGUCGAUCGAGGGAGUUUCGCAAUCGACUCUCCGACUUCUCGAGGGCGCAUGGGCACCCGGCACGAGACAGUCUUACAAGUCUGCUUGGCGCACAUGGGAUGGUUGGUGCAUGGCACGGGGUUUGGAUCCCCUAUCAACUUCUGUGGCAACAGUCCUGCAAUUCUUAACGUCCCUUUAUGACGACGGGAAGGCUUACAGGACAGUGAACCUCUACCGUUCGGCCAUAUCGGCCGGCCAUACCGGCAUUGAUGGGGCCCCGAUAGGACGACACCCAAUGGUAUGUCGUCUUCUCCGAGGCAUUCGAUUUGCACGGCCGCCCCAACCUCGCUAUUCCUCCCUAUGGGACGUCUCCCUAAUGUUGAACUUCUUGACACAGUGGCCAGACAACGAGUCUCUAUCGUUGAAACAACUAUCAGCUAAACUAGUUAUGCUGUUAUGCCUAAUCUCUUGCAAGAGAGUGUCAGACGUUAGAGCACUCGAUGUCAAUGCCCGAUCCUUCUCUUCAGAAGGAGUAGUCUUUGACAUCUCACGGAGGACGAAAUCGUCAUCUCGGACGGUCCUGUACCCAGCGUUUCCCACACAGCCACUCCUUUGUCCGGUAGCGUGCCUUCGGGCAUACGAAGCCCGUACCGCACCCCUUUGGACCGGAUCAGACCCCCAACUCUUCAUCUCCUUCCGUAAACCGCAUGCUCCGGUUUCCUCUCCAACCUUGGCCCGCUGGGUGAAAUGGCUCAUGUCUUUGGCGGGUAUUGACACCUCCAUUUUUUCUCCCCAUUCAGUUCGAGGUGCCAUGGCCUCUAAAGCCUCCUUUGUUGGUUGUCGUCUAGAGGAUAUAUUGAAGGCGGCUGAUUGGUCCACGGAAUCUACCUUCCGUAAUUUUUAUUUCAAACCAAUCCAGCAUUUUGCAGAAGCCGUGAUCUCACAGCUUUAAAAUAGCAUAAUAGGAGCCUCCGGGUCUUUAAUAAAAUUCGAGGAUUUUACAAUUAUCAUGACGGAAAGUCAUGAUUUUAUUAAAGACACGGAGGCGAGUAUUAUCCCACCCACCCGCCCUUGGACGGCUUGGAUGUGGGGCAAGGUAAGUUACAGACCUCUCCAUGGUAAGUUCACUCUUGGUGAUAUUGGGCCAUCACAGGCUUUAUGGACUUUAUCUACUUUGAGACUCAUUAUCACGAUUGUCCACAGAUCAGUAGUCACUUUUACUACGUUUAUGAAUUAUUGCCAUUGUUUAAUCACUUGUGUAGACCUCUAUAUGUGAAAAAUCCAUCAGUCCCAGACAUUACCAUAUUUUCUUGUCUCUUCUAGCAUGACUGGGUUGAAGGAGCUCGUGAAGUCACAUACCUUGUUAUGGCUCG